CUCUCUCUCUCUCUCUCUCUCUCUCUCUCUCUCUACACGCAGGACCGUACACGUCUCUCUCUAUUUUCAGAAUAUCGAACUCGUAUAAUUCUCAGUCGCGUAAUUUUCUCUCCUGUUUUCUGCUCGAUUCCUUCGUUUUCUCUUUCGUGUUCUGGUCUUCGAAUCGCGUCUCUGUUCUCUUGUUUUACUCUUGAAGCUCGAACACGGUCGUGUAGAAGAAUCUCAGGCUUUAGCUUCGGAGCUUCGAUCUCCGUAUUGAUUUUUGUUCUCGUGAGCUUUGACUUUAUUAUUCGCCUUCUUAACAAUUAGAAGUUCUUCCUGGAGAUAAUCAGAUCACGCGGAAGCAGCUGAGGAAUUGUUUCAAUGGACAGCACGGAAAGAUAAGAGAUUUCCGAUUUGCUGAUCCAAAAUCUGAAUGUUGUACUUGUUGAUGUCUCAAUAGUUGUUGUGUACUCUCGUUCGGUUAUAUAUUCUGGGAGGGCAACACGGAAUUUGGUGGAUCUAGAAGAUGGCAAUGCUGGCAUCAUAUUUCGAUUCUUUUAUAUCUAAAAUGCCGUCAUUAUCGACCUCUGAUCACGCCUCUGUGGUUUCGUUGAAUCUCUUUGUUGCACUUCUUUGUGCUUGUAUUGUGCUUGGCCAUCUUUUGGAGGAGAACCGAUGGAUGAACGAAUCCAUCACAGCGUUGUUGAUUGGGCUUGCCACUGGUGUUGUCAUUUUGUUGAUUAGUAAAGGAAAAAGCUCACAUCUUCUGGUCUUCAGUGAAGAUCUUUUCUUCAUAUAUCUCUUGCCACCCAUAAUAUUCAAUGCAGGGUUUCAAGUAAAAAAGAAGCAAUUUUUCCGCAAUUUCGUGACUAUUAUGCUUUUUGGUGCUAUUGGAACUGUUAUCUCUUGCACUGUCAUAACUUUAGGUGUAACGCAGUUCUUUAAGAAACUGGAUAUUGGGACCUUUGACUUGGGUGAUUAUCUUGCAAUUGGUGCUAUAUUUGCUGCAACAGAUUCUGUGUGCACUCUGCAGGUUCUGAAUCAAGAUGAGACACCUUUGCUAUACAGUCUUGUAUUCGGAGAGGGUGUUGUGAAUGAUGCCACAUCGGUUGUUGUCUUCAACGCAAUUCAGAGCUUUGACCUCACCCACCUUAACCAUGAAGCUGCUUUUCAUCUUCUUGGAAACUUCUUGUAUUUGUUUCUUCUGAGCACAUUGCUUGGUGUUGCAACCGGUCUGAUAAGUGCCUAUGUCAUCAAAAAACUAUAUUUUGGAAGACACUCAACUGAUCGAGAGGUUGCCCUCAUGAUGCUUAUGGCGUAUCUGUCUUAUAUGCUUGCUGAGCUUUUCGACUUGAGUGGUAUUCUCACCGUGUUUUUCUGUGGGAUUGUGAUGUCCCAUUACACCUGGCACAACGUAACCGAGAGCUCGAGAAUAACUACAAAGCAUACCUUUGCAACUUUGUCGUUUCUUGCGGAGACAUUUAUUUUCUUAUAUGUCGGAAUGGAUGCCUUGGAUAUUGACAAGUGGAGAUCCGUGAGUGACAGCCCGGGAACAUCAGUCGCAGUGAGCUCAAUCCUAAUAGGCUUGCUCAUGCUUGGAAGAGCAGCCUUCGUCUUUCCAUUAUCAUUUCUGUCAAACUUAGCCAAGAAGAACGAAAGCGAGAAAAUCAACUUUAAGAUGCAAGUUGUCAUUUGGUGGGCUGGUCUCAUGAGAGGUGCUGUAUCAAUGGCUCUUGCAUACAACAAGUUUACAAGGGCCGGGCACACUGAUUUACGCGGGAAUGCAAUCAUGAUCACCAGUACUAUAACCGUCUGUCUUUUUAGCACCGUGGUGUUUGGUAUGCUGACCAAACCGCUCAUAAGACACCUAUUACCGCACCAGAAAGCCACCACGAGCAUGUUAUCUGAUGACAACAAUACCCCAAAAUCAAUCCAGAUCCCAUUGCUGGACCAAGACUCGUUUAUUGAGUUCGCAGGGAACCACAAUGUGCCUCGGCCUGACAGUAUACGUGGCUUCUUGACACGGCCAACUAGAACGGUGCAUUACUACUGGAGACAAUUUGAUGACUCCUUCAUGCGACCUGUCUUUGGAGGUCGUGGCUUUGUUCCCUUCGUCCCUGGUUCUCCAACUGAGAGAGACCCUCCUGAUCUCAGCAAAGCUUGAGAGGAAAAUGUGGAAGGAGAAAAGCUUUUUGUAGAAAGAAAAAAAGGUGAUUGAAAUUUGUGCGUCUUGUGUAAAUUAUCCAUCCACUUGUAAUAUUGUUUGUGAGGAUAGAUAGUUGUCCUACGUUUUGAGAGCAGAAAGCAAAAACAUGGAAAUGAACUCCCGAAUGGAUUUGAUUGAUGUCAUCUUUGUUUUGUUGUAACAAAACGAUACUACAUUUGUUUUAUAUGUGUCUGAAUUUUUUUAA